CUUUAAUGCACCGCGCAUGUGCUUUUUUCUCACGACGCCGAAAAGCUGCCUGUGUAAAACAUACCGCGAGCACGGCAAAGAAAAACAGUACUAUCUAUCGUACUAGAACUAGAAGAUGUCUGAGAACGACGUUGACAACGAACUUCUAGACUAUGAGGAAGAUGAGGAUCCUCAGGGAGUAACAGAAACGACUCCAGCCAAGAAGGAGGUGAAGGGGUCCUAUGUGUCCAUCCACAGCUCUGGGUUUAGAGACUUUCUGCUCAAACCAGAGCUGCUGCGAGCUAUUGUGGACUGUGGAUUUGAACACCCCUCAGAGGUCCAACAUGAGUGCAUACCUCAAGCAAUUUUGGGCAUGGACAUUUUGUGUCAGGCCAAAUCGGGUAUGGGAAAAACGGCUGUGUUUGUACUCGCUACACUGCAGCAGUUGGAGCCAGUAGAUGGUCAGGUGUCUGUCCUUGUGAUGUGCCACACUCGAGAGCUAGCCUUCCAGAUCAGCAAAGAGUAUGAGCGCUUCUCCAAAUACAUGCCCACUGUAAAGGUGUCUGUGUUUUUUGGUGGUCUGGCAAUCAAGACAAACGAGGAAGUGUUGAAACAGAACUGCCCCCACAUAGUUGUUGGAACACCAGGUCGAAUUCUCGCUCUCGUUCGCAACAGGUCCCUGAACCUGAAGAGAAUCAAACACUUUGUGCUUGAUGAGUGCGAUAAGAUGCUUGAAGCACUAGAUAUGAGGAGUGAUGUUCAGGAAAUCUUCAGAUUGACCCCACAUGAGAAACAGGUGAUGAUGUUCAGUGCCACCCUGAGCAAAGACAUCCGCCCUGUGUGUCGCAAGUUUAUGCAAGAUCCUAUGGAGGUGUUUGUGGAUGAUGAAACCAAGUUGACUCUUCAUGGAUUGCAGCAGUACUACUGUAAACUCAAAGACAGUGAAAAGAACCGCAAGCUGUUUGACCUACUCGAUGUACUUGAGUUCAAUCAAGUGGUCAUUUUUGUGAAGUCAGUCCAUCGUUGUGUAGCUUUAUCCCAGCUUUUGGUUGAACAGAACUUUCCUGCCAUAGCUAUCCACAGAGGCAUGGCUCAGGAAGAGCGGUUGUCCCGAUACCAGCAGUUUAAAGAUUUCCAGAGGCGAAUUCUGGUAGCAACUGAUCUCUUUGGCCGAGGCAUGGACAUUGAGCGUGUAAACAUUGUGUUCAACUAUGACAUGCCGGAGGAUUCAGAUACUUAUCUUCACAGAGUGGCCCGUGCAGGAAGGUUUGGUACUAAAGGCCUGGCUGUCACAUUUGUGUCAGACGAAAGUGAUGCCAAGACUUUGAACGAGGUCCAAGACCGCUUUGAGGUCAAUGUGCCCGAGCUUCCAGGGGAGAUUGACAUUUCUUCUUACAUUGAGCAGUCCAGAUGAGUGUCUCAUUUGUCAACCGUUGUGGCUUUUGGUGUUUCUAUAUUUUUAGGGAGGAGAAAAAAAAUCUCAAUUUACCUUCAUACUCCAGCCAUAUUUGUUAGAAAGUUCAUAAUGAUAAUUUAUUUUAUCAUGUACCAACCCUGUUUUAUUAUGUUUUUCAUGUUCAUGGAUAUAUAGUUUUUGGUUAAAUAAAGUUUUUAUACCUUCCUCGUUA